AUGCUUACUUUUUUUUGUCGAUACGCCUGCGUUUGUUCCAAGGACUCCGAGACAAUACGAGAAAAUGGUCGUUGGUUGACUGACGUUUGCCAGAAACAUGGAUUCAACUAUUCGCACCGGGUGCAUAUAGAACUCUGGGGUGACAGGCGUGGUGUAUAA